AUGUCGUCCCCAAAAUUGGAUGUUCGCCACAUCCAAGAUAUGAGCGCGGCGACAGCAUUAGAGCCUCAUUGGGGAUACUACGACCGCGCUCUCCCUUGUACCAGCGAUCCAGGGUCGUGCGAGUAUCUCGACGUUGUAUAUGAAUCGCAUGACUUGGGAAUGCUAUAUUCAGGCAUUAUGUGGUGUGUCAUUGGCACAAUUUUGCUCCUCUGGGUCAUUUUGAACCAGUCCAAUGCGCCAAUGUCACCAACAUUAGCAGCACCAAAACUAGCCGGGCUAUACAAGGUCCGCCGCUCUGUUGCCUCAUUGGCCCGGAAAUAUUUGCUACCCGAUGCAGCUCAACUGAUCUUCGGCCGCACAACACGCCUCCAAGUGCUCACCCUCGCUCUGUUGGCCGGCUACCUCCUCAUCUUCAGCUUUGUUGGCAUUCUCUACAACACAUGGGUCACGCCUGUCUCAAAAAUGCCCGGCGUAUACAAUACCCGUAACAGCAUCGGCCCAUGGUCAGACCGUAUCGGCACCCUGGCCUACGCGCUCACUCCACUAUCCGUGCUGCUGAGCAGUCGAGAAUCCUUCCUCUCCCUCAUCACCGGCCUGCCAUACCAGAGCUUCAACUUUCUCCAUCGCUGGCUGGGUUACAUCAUAUUCGUGCAAAGUUCCCUGCACACAAUUAGCUGGUGCGUCGUCGAGCUACGAAUGUACCAGCCACAACCCACCGUCGGAAUCGAGUGGGUCACUCAGACAUACAUCGUCUGGGGCAUCGUCGCCAUGAUCCUCCUGCUGCUCCUCGUCGUGCUGAGCACACCGUGGGGAAUCAGACUCACCGGCUACGAAACCUUCCGCAAACUCCACUACAUCCUCGCGAUGGUCUACAUCGGCGCCUGCUGGGCCCACUGGAAGCAACUCAAGUGCUUCAUGUGGCCCUCGUUGAUCUUCUGGUUCCUCGAUCGCGGAGCUCGUCUCGUUCGCACAGCCCUGCUGCACUACCACCCCGACUACUCCGGUACUCUCGGUCUCGGCUUCAAGCCCGCCGAUGCAACCAUCACCCGCUUCCCGGACACCGAACACGGAGAUGUCAUUCGUCUCGACCUACACAACAACCAGGACCCCUGGUCCGUCGGCCAACACUACUACCUCUCCUUCACGAAAUGCAGCAUCUGGCAAUCCCACCCCUUCACACCACUCAACCUCCCCACCGUAUCAAAAGGGAGAGUCCAACAUUCCUACAUCCUCCGCGCGAAGAGCGGCGAAACAAAAAAGGUCGCCGACCUCGCUGCCACAGGCACACCCACAACACCCGUCAUCUUGACAGGCGCAUAUGGCGAUUCAAUAACUAGCCACUUGACACCAAACACCAAUAUAAUCUGCAUCGCCGGCGGGACUGGCAUCACAUACGUCCUUCCCGUCCUCCUACAACUUGCCCGUGACCAACCUUCACCAGACCGCAAAGUCGAGCUCAUCUGGGCAGUCCGCCACACGGCGAAUACAGAGUGGAUCGCAGCCGAGCUGGAUCUCCUACAGAAAGCGCGGAAUACAUUGAACCUCGAAAUCCGCAUCUUCGCCACCCGAGACGCGGGGAGCAAAACGCCCUCGAUUGAGAACUCUGAUGAGGAAAAUUGCAAUCUGGAGGUCCCAAAGAAUGAGGAGAAGGUCGUGCAGGUCUCGCCUUCCAAGUCUGUUUCUGCGUGCUGUGGAUGUGAGAAGCCUGCUGCUGUUGAGCGGCUUGGGGGUGCUACGGAUGAUAUCAAUAGACAUCCUGAUCUGCCGCGGUUGGUUAAUGAUUUCUUGGAUGAUACCGUACGUGGACCGACGAGUGUCUUUGCUAGCGGGCCUGGUGGGAUGAUUAGUGACCUCCGGGCUAUUGUUGCUUCUUGUAAUUCUGGUGGGAAGGUUUGGAAGGGACAGGAGAGGUUUGAUGUCAGUCUUAUUUGUGAUGAUCGGUUGGAGUGGUGA